UUCUUCUUUUCUGGUUUCUUGAUCUCAAUCCAUCCAUUUUCCCCGUCUUCUUCGCUCUUUCCAUGGCGAUUACGCAUCGCGACUGAACGCUUCUUCAUUAUCUCCUCUCCUCUCCCCGACGCUUCAGCUUGCAUUCGCCACGCAAUUGGACAUUGGAUGCAACGCUCUAUUUCUUCGAUUCGCUUUCUUUCCCGAAAUGCGUAUCGGAAUCGACUGAAUUCCUAAGCCUUGCGGUUUUCCGUCUCUGUUAUGGACGGCCUUUCGAAUGCCUCUGAGUGAAUAAUACGAUCGGAAAGCAUUUGUCGAUUCGGAUUCGAUUUGCUUAAUCGAUUGACAUUUCCGAUUCGACUUCAUCCUUUCGUAUAAAUGGCACGGAAGGUCCUCCUCCGAUCUCAGGCAAUCGACCGUCAAAGCUCGUCGCAGAAGAGCGAGAAAAGCGAUGCGUCGAGAGAUAAGCGGCUGUUCGCGGAGCUUGCCGGUGGUUCGGCGGCGGACUGUACGAUCAUUUGUUGCUGCUGUCCAUGGACGGUGAUGAACCUCGUAAUAUUUGCGGUGUACAGGAUGCCGUUGGGACUCUGCCGGAAGGCGAUGAACAGAAGGAAACGACAGCGUAGAUUGAAGAGGAAGUGUCUGAUUCAGCAGCGUAAGGCCGCCUCGCAGGAGUUCGAAGAUGCAUCGGUGGAGCCCGCAUUGGAAAGUUUCGAGGCCACCAAACAGGCGAAUGACGCGGCACACGGCGAAGAUAUGAACAAGUUAGAAGAGGAAAUGUGGGGCCGGUUCAACCAGACCGGGUUUUGGAGAAGUUCUUCUCAAAGACACGAGUGAAUAUCAAAAAUACUCACAAACGUUACCAAUUUUUUCUUACUUCAUACAGAAUUUUUGUGUGCAUUCGAAUCCAACUCAAAAUCUUUGAAUGAAGAUCCUUGAGUUCUCAUUUAGCAACGUGGAAAUGCAUUCUUUUUUCUGAGGAUUUUUAAUGUGCAAUUUGUAUAUUUCAAUGUAAGAAACAAUUACUUGCUACAUUAUUAUUUGGAAA